UUUCCCCCCACUUCCACUUUUCUGGUCCUCAGGGACAUCUAUUUAAAUCUCCCCUUACCCGGACAUCUCCUAUCGCAUCGAGUGAAAGACCACCGCGGUUAGCGAGAUCCCAAUAUGCCCAAGAACAAGGGAAAGGGCGGUAAGAACCGUCGUCGUGGAAAGAACGAGAACGACAACGAGAAGCGUGAGCUCGUCUUCAAGGAAGAAGGUCAGGAGUAUGCGCAGGUCGUGAAGAUGCUUGGUAACGGCCGUCUCGAGGCACUCUGCUUCGAUGGCGAGAAGCGUCUCGCUCACAUCCGUGGCAAGCUCCGCAAGAAGGUCUGGAUCAACCAGGGUGACAUUAUCCUUCUCUCGCUGCGUGACUACCAAGACGAAAAGGGCGACGUCAUCAUGAAGUACACCGCCGAUGAGGCCAGAAGUCUCAAGGCCUACGGCGAGUUGCCCGAACACGCCAAGAUCAACGAGACCGACACCUACGGCCACGAGGGCUUCGAGGACAAUGUCGAGUUCGACGAGGACCGCGAGAGCGAAGACGAGAAGGAGAUCGAUGUCGACGAGCUCUAAAUGUCCCUUUCAGGGGCACGAUCUCAUAUCCCUGCCGGAGCGACUGGGUUCGGUUCUGUUUUUCCUCGACUCGUCAAAACUCUUGUUUUCUUCAAAAAAAAACCUUCAUGGGAAGAAUCUCCCCCGAGUAUUCUUCUGAAAAAAGCUGUUACUUGCUUUGAAAGGAAAGAAAUCGGACGGCUUGUGCAUCCUGUCUGUGUAUGUGCUAGUCGAGACUUUCCCGUGAAGGUAUCUCGAGUAAAGGAAUCAGGGCGGCAGCACCUUCCGGCUCCGCAUAGGCGCGUUCUGCCUUUGCUGCGCCCGGUGCGGCUCCGUGUAAUUCGGGGUAUGGAUCAGUAACA